CCCGGGGCAAGUGACUGAGGCGCUGUGAAAGCAGCGGCGGCGGCGGCGGCGGCGAGAGCGGCUCGGGACGGCAUGAGCGGCUGCGGGCUCUUCUUGCGCUCGGCGGCGGCGGCGCGCUUGGGCCGUGCCCUGGUGGCUUUCACCGCGAGUCGGCGCCCGCUGCGCACCAGUCCACCGAGCCAAGCUUUCGCCAAGGAGCUCUUCCUGGGCAAAAUCGAGAAGAAAGAAGUUUUCCCAUUUCCGGAAGUUAGCCAAGAUGAACUUAAUGAAAUUAAUCAGUUUGUGGGACCUGUAGAAAAAUUCUUCACUGAAGAGGUGGACUCUCAAAAAAUUGACCGAGAGGGAAAAAUCCCAAAUGAAACUUUAGAGAAACUGAAGAGCCUGGGGCUUUUUGGGAUGCAAGUCCCAGAAGAAUACGGUGGCCUGGGCCUCUCCAACACCAUGUACGCGCGGCUGGGGGAGAUCAUCAGCCUGGAUUGCUCCAUCGCCGUGACGCUGGCAGCACACCAGGCCAUCGGCCUCAAGGGCAUCAUCUUGGCCGGCAGCGAGGAGCAGAAGGCCAGGUACCUGCCCAAGCUGGCUUCCGGGGAGCACGUGGCCGCCUUCUGCCUGACGGAGCCAGCCAGUGGGAGCGAUGCUGCCUCCAUCCGGACCAGGGCCACGUUAAGUGAAGAUAAGAAACACUACGUCCUCAAUGGCUCCAAGGUCUGGAUCACCAAUGGAGGACUAGCCAGUGUUUUUACUGUGUUUGCAAAGACAGAGGUUGUUGAUUCCAAUGGCUCAGUAAAGGACAAGGUCACAGCGUUCAUAGUAGAGAGAGACUUUGGUGGAAUCACCAGCGGGAAACCUGAGGAUAAGUUAGGCAUCCGAGGCUCCAACACCUGCGAGGUCCACUUUGAGAACACCAGGGUGCCCGUGGAAAACGUCCUCGGAGAAGUUGGAGGCGGCUUUAAGGUGGCCAUGAACAUCCUCAACAGCGGGCGGUUCAGCAUGGGCAGUGCCGUGGCUGGGAUGCUCAAGAAACUGAUCGAGAUGACCGCUGAGUACGCCUGCACGAGGAAACAGUUCAACAGGAACCUCAGCGAGUUUGGCUUGAUUCAGGAGAAGUUUGCCCUGAUGGCUCAGAAGGCUUACGUGAUGGAAAGUAUGGCCUACCUCACCGCGGGGAUGCUGGACCAGCCGGGCUUCCCUGACUGCUCCAUCGAGGCUGCCAUGGUGAAGGUGUUCAGCUCCGAGGCCGCCUGGCAGUGUGUGAGCGAGGCGCUCCAGGUCCUCGGGGGCUCAGGCUACAUGAGGGACUACCCGUACGAGCGCAUCCUGCGCGACAGCCGCAUCCUGCUCAUCUUCGAGGGAACCAACGAGAUUCUCCGGAUGUACAUCGCCCUGACAGGCUUGCAGCAUGCCGGCCGCAUCCUGACUGCAAGGGUCAAGCAGCUUAAACAGGGCAAUGUGACCACCAUCAUGGAGACUGUCAGCCGGAGGGUUCGGGACUCCCUGGGCCGAACUGUGGACCUUGGGCUGACAGGGAAGCUCGGAGCCGUGCACCCCAGCAUGGAGGACAGUGCCCACAAGCUCGAGCAGAACGUGCACUACUUCAGCCGCACGGUGGAGACCCUGCUGCUUCGCUUUGGCAAGACCAUCGUGGAGGAGCAGUUGGUCUUGAAGCGAGUGGCCAACAUCCUCAUCAACCUGUACGGGAUGACAGCCGUGCUGUCGCGGGCCAGCCGCUCUAUCCGCGUGGGGCUUCAGAACCACGACCAUGAGGUUCUGUUGGCCAACAUCUUCUGCACGGAAGCUUACUACCAGAAUCUCUUCGCUCUGUCUCAGCUGGACAAGUAUUCUCCGGAAAAUCUCGAUGAACUGAUCAAGAAAGUGUCCCAGCAGGUCCUAGAGAAGCGAGCCUACGUCUGUGCCCACCCUCUGGACUGGACAUCCUGAAGCAGGGGGACGGCAUCCCUGCUGCUGUCCGCCUGACACACGCCUUCCAGAAGGUAGAGAACUUGCUUUAUUACAAGCUGACCAAGUUCUCUGACGGGCCUUCUCCAGGCCCCCGUGGGCACUAUUGUCUGACACGAUCCCGGGCUCUGAGCCGACACGGGGAGAGCGCGGAGCUGCUGAGACUCGCCUCACCGGGAGGCUUCGGGGUGGAAGCUGGCCUGGGGUGGUAGGGCCGCGUCUCAGCAGGGUGGCCAUUUCUGCCAGACCACACGUUCUCCAAGAAACAGCUUGAAAACCG